AAAGCGAAAGACGCUUGCUCGAGUGAAUCCAGGAUCUGCGAAAAGGCGAGCUGUUAUUUUCUGGAUAGAUUGACAGGAUGAUAAGAGGGUCUGAAGGAGAGUAGGUUCUGAAUAGGUAGGGAGAUCGCUGAUGUACUGAGGUAGAGUUUCUGGUUCGGUGUGGGUGACAACCGAUAUUGCACGAGAAGACGGCCAGCGAAAAGAUUGAAGCGCAGGUUUGUUGCGUUGGGUAGUUGGCAUAGCAGUAGCGUAUACGCAGUCGGCACUGAUUGGUGGUGCGGGUAGAUGGACGAUGACUGCUUAGAUUCUGGUGCGGGAAUUUGCCGGCCUGAAAAUCCACGUGCUUCGUACGUUGUCCCGUACGUCUCUGAGACGAAUAUCUUCGAGAGUUGACACUGCACGACCGGCUUAGCCAAAUCGGCAAUCCCUUUUGCAAUGCGGGAAAAAGGCAAACGUUUUCUGGAUCUUAACGAUACCCUGAAACUUGCAACAUCAAUUACAGAAACACGAGAGCGAAAGGUACAGAGCACCAUUGGAGGACGCUCACAGCACACCGAGGAUGAGAUACAAGCUCCUUUGAAAACACGGAAAGCUCGAAAUAGAGCGAAACUGGCCGGGAUCAAGAUGCAAAUCGCCUCCGACAGAGCUCGCCUCAAGAAGAACAAAGCCAAAAUGCGAAAGCAAGUUCUCCUUGGUCUUACUAUCGUCCCUGAAAAACGCGACAGUCUUCCACCAAAAAAGCGUGUCUCUUUUGCUUGAACGACAGACUCAAAAAAGGUAUUCAUGAUAGACACCGGUCUUGUUGGGCAAUGAAGUGACGCGUCUCAGUUCAACUAUUCCGAAUGCGGAUUGACUUUGAAAGAGGCUAGAAUUUGCUUGUACCACAUACUUAAAUGAUGUCCGGAGCCUCGAUA